AUUGCUACAAAUACGUCCCCAUCUAACUAAACAAAACACAAACACAAACACAAACACUCAUGGCGCCGGUAUCUUUGAAAUGGGACGAGACUUCCCUGCACGAAAACCGGUUCGUCCGCGAUGAGGACGAGCGGCCAAAGGUGCCUUAUAACAAAUUCAGCAGCGAGAUUCCGGUGAUCUCACUUAAAGGAAUUGAUGAUGUCGAUGGUAGUAGUGUUGAUGGUUUCGGAUCUCGUAGGGCAGAGAUUUGCGAUAAGAUCGUGAAGGCGUGUGAGGAUUGGGGGAUCUUUCAGGUGGUGGAUCAUGGCGUCGACACGAAACUGUUGUCCGAGAUGACGAGGCUAGCUAGAGAGUUCUUCGAGUUGCCCACGGAAGAGAAGCUCCGGUUUGAUAUGACCGGUGGGAAGAAAGGCGGCUUCAUCGUCUCUAGCCACCUUCAGGGAGAGGCGGUGCAAGAUUGGAGGGAGAUUGUAACCUACUUCUCAUACCCAAUAAAAGCAAGAGACUAUUCCAGGUGGCCUGAUACUCCCAAAGAGUGGAGGGCUGUUACUGAGAAGUAUAGCGAGGAGUUGAUGGGCUUGGCCUGCAAGUUGCUAGAGGUGUUGUCUGAGGCAAUGGGUCUUGAAAAAGAGGCCUUAACAAAAGCUUGUGUUGAUAUGGACCAAAAAGUGGUGGUCAAUUACUACCCAAAGUGUCCCCAACCCGACUUAACCUUGGGCCUCAAACGACAUACGGAUCCAGGAACAAUCACUUUGUUGCUUCAAGACCAGGUCGGUGGCCUUCAAGCAACGCGUGAUGGUGGCAACACCUGGAUCACAGUUCAACCGAUCGAAGGUGCUUUCGUAGUUAAUCUUGGUGAUCAUGGACAUUAUUUGAGCAAUGGGCGGUUCAAGAACGCGGACCACCAAGCCGUUGUCAAUUCAAACACGAGUCGGCUAUCCAUAGCAACGUUUCAAAACCCUGCACCAGAAGCAGUCGUAUAUCCAUUGAAGGUGAAUGAAGGAGAGAAAUCGAUAAUGGAAAAACCUAUAACUUUCAUGGAGAUGUACAAGAAAAAGAUGAGUACCGAUCUAGAGUUGGCGCGUCUUAAGAAGCUAGCAAAGGAAAAACAAGACUUGGAGAAAGUGAAACCGAUCGAAAAUAUAUUUGCUUAGAAACUUGUGAUUUCCCCUUUGCAAAUCAUAUUUGCCUUGGUUUUAUGUCAUAUAAGAAUAACUUCACGUCCUAUAAUGGUAAAAUAAUAAAGCUCUUGAGCCAUGUAAAUCAUGCUAAGCACAUUGAGUUGUUGUUUGUCUAAUUCUAUUAUUAUCAUGUUUAUGAUUC